GUCAAUCAACAGAUAAUAAUUUGUCGCAGAGGAAAUGUGUCGUUUGUUUGUGAUUGUUCUAGUGUUGUUUAUGGAUUGUGGAUUAUGUUUCGUUAAUCUAGCCGAUGUCGAAUGCGGAAUCGAUAUUGCCCGUCACGGCCGUAUCGUAGGUGGAGAAGACAGUUUGCCAGCGGAGUUCCCCUGGGCUGCUAGUCUCUGGAGGCAGGGGACUCAUCAAUGUGGCGCUACGGUGCUGACAGACCAGUGGUUGUUGACUGCUGGACAUUGUAUUUGCAGUGUGUUCGAUGAGUUCUACAAGUCCAAACAAUUGACAGUUGUGGUCGGGUUGACUGACAUAUCGUCGUCUCAGUCUAACGAACCACUCUCCAGAAUAGUUCCUCACCCUGAAUACAGAUGCAACCGCAAGUCCAACGACGUGGCGUUACUGAAGACAGCACGACAACUGAAAUGGACCAAUGAGCUAAGGCCUGCGUGCUUGCCGCAGCCUCUCGCGACAGACUUCAGCGGCGCUUUGGCCACAGUGGCUGGGUGGGGGUUCACCCAUGAAGACAGAGGUAAAGGGUCAAGACCCAACGUCUUACAAAAGACGGUGGUGGUGGUAGUGACGAAUGAAGAGUGCAACAACUGGUACCAGUCUCAAGGCAGCAAGGUCAAGGUCAUCCCCACUCAGAUGUGCGCGGGACACGAGCAAGGUGGCAGAGAUUCUUGUUGGGCUGACAGCGGUGGUCCACUCAUGUUCAGAGAAGACAAUCGCCACGCCAUGGUAGUGGGUGUCGUCUCCACUGGGAGCGGCUGUGCCAGGGCCCGAAUGCCUGGGGUCUACACGCGCGUGUCCAGAUUCACCGAUUGGAUCAAACAAAGCAUUGAGAACGAUAAUGCUAGAGCCGGGCUGAGCUGGUAUUCAAGGCGUCUAUGAAAGUGAA